CCCUAUUAUACAAUACCUGCAACAGGAUAUUCUGGUUUAUGCCUACAGCAGGUUUCUAGCUUAUUAUCUGUUAUUCGUUUAUUGCUGUUAUUAUAAUUAUUAUUUUUUAAUUUUUUUUUUUAAUAUACAACCAAAAAUCCAUCAAAAAUGCAGAGAAACAGCAACAUGCGGUGGCGGCUACCGCUCAUUUGCUUUGUGUGGGAGAUCGCCAUGAUCGUUCUCUUUGGAAUCUUUGUGAGAUACAAUGAUGAAGCUGAUCCGCACUGGCCCAUAUUCAUGAAGCAUGAAAACAUCACUAGUGACAUUGAAAAUGACUUUUACUUCAGAUAUCCCAGUUUCCAGGAUGUCCAUGUAAUGAUCUUCGUUGGCUUUGGUUUCUUAAUGACAUUCCUUCAGAGAUAUGGCUUCGGCAGUGUGGCUUUCAAUUUCCUGCUUGCCGCCUUUGGGAUUCAGUGGGCCCUUCUGAUGCAGGGCUGGUUUCACACAUUUGUAAAUGGGAAGAUCCUCAUUGGAGUUGAAAGCUUGAUCAAUGCAGACUUCUGCGUGGGAUCAGUCUGCAUCGCUUUUGGAGGUGUUCUAGGCAAAGUUAGUCCAGUUCAGAUUAUGCUCAUGACCUUGUUUCAGGUCACUCUGUUUGCGGUAAAUGAGUGGAUUCUUCUAAAUAAACUUCACGUAAUUGAUGCUGGUGGUUCAAUGACUAUUCAUACAUUUGGAGCAUAUUUUGGCCUUACUGUUGCUUGGAUUCUUAGCCGACCAAAACUAAAGCAAAAUAAUGACAAAGAGGGGUCAACAUAUAUUUCUGAUCUGUUCUCCAUGAUUGGAACCCUUUUCCUAUGGAUGUACUGGCCCAGUUUUAAUUCUGCUAUCUCAUAUCAUGGAGAUGCCCAGCACAGAGCUGCAAUAAACACCUAUUGUUCUCUUGCUGCUUGUGUUCUCACAACAGUAGCCAUAUCCAGUGUAGUGAACAAAAAAGGCAAAUUAGAAAUGGUUCAUAUUCAGAACGCGACCCUGGCAGGAGGAGUAGCUGUUGGUACAGCUGCAGAAAUGAUGUUAACUCCAUAUGGAUCUUUAAUUGUUGGAUUCAUAUGUGGCAUUGUGUCUACCUUAGGAUUUACCUACCUUUCGCCUAUAUUGUCUAAUAAAUUACGGCUCCAUGAUACGUGUGGAAUACAUAAUCUUCAUGCAAUACCAGGCUUAAUAGGUGGAAUUGUAGGUGCCGUUACAGCAGCAUGCGCAACAGAAGGGGUUUAUACUGCAGAGGGACUGAAAAAGAUGUUUCACUUUGAAGGUGAAUAUGCAGACAGAACUCCCAGUAUACAAGGAAUAUAUCAAGCGGCCGGCAUUGGUGUGUCUCUGGCGUUUGGGAUUGUAGGAGGCACCGUUGUAGGCUGCAUUCUGAAACUGCCGAUUUGGGGAGACCCAUCAGAUGAGAACUGCUUUGAUGAUGAUGUCUACUGGGAGCUGCGUGAGGAGGAUGAGGAGGAACACCUGGGAGCUGCCAACCAAUACAUCACUCAUUUACCAGAAAAUUUUAAACUACCAGAUAGGACUGAAAUUUCCUUUAAAUGAAUUGUUCCCCAAAAUUUUGUAAAAAUACUCACAAUGCAGCACUCUCGUUUUUGGCCCGACUAACACAGAAACGUUUAGUUCUUCAGAAGUAAUUUUUUUACCCUUUUAUAAAAGGUCAGCAGUACAAUAUUUUUUCAUGACCAAACAAUCUUUUUUUUGUGAUAAGAUCUUGAGGACUUUAGACUUUUUCAUCCAGCAGGUGUUUGAUAUCAUUGGGUGAUGAGGUCCCACUGCCGGACGUCCUUGCUUUAGAACAACUUGAGCCUGACCCAUUAAGCUGUGGGCAUGUAAGUACAUGUGAGAUUUUAUUUUGGCCUCAUCCUGCCAAAGAACUCUAUAGAAAUACAUUUUCUUUACAUAUACUGCCCCGAGUACCAGUAGAACAGAAAAUCCACCCACUCCUUGGAAAAAGCUGGACAGAAUGGCUUGAAAUGACAGUUCUGCAAGCCAGAAAACGGAAUGUGAUUUUCUCAGCCAUAAUUAUUGUCUAUAUAUGGUGUUGGAACUCCCACGUGCAUGAAUUACUGUGUUUGCAUUUGUGUAGGAGGCUUUGAUUUAUACAUUUCUUAUAUUUCAGCACUGACAUUAGAUCCUGAUCCCAUAGUUCUCCAGUUGGGAUACCAACAGGAGACCGUUUAGGGUGCCAGGGCUUAUGUGCACAUGGGAUUUUGUCUCACAUAAAUUGAAAGUUAAAAAUAAAGUAUAAAUUGUCUCCUUAAAAGGGAAGUAGCAGGUGUAGGCCCUACUGUAUAAACUUCUGAAUCUCCAUAAAAUUUACUGGGUGCCCCUCCAUUUCACCAGAUCAUAAAACUUACACCUAUUUGCUCUCACAGGGGAUUGGGCUGCAUAGCUACAACUGGACUAAAGUAGCACAAACAUAUAGUGCAGUAAAUACACACACUUUGAUACCUCUUAAAAUAUCAUCCCUGUCGCAUGAUAAUUGGGAGACUGGCACAUUUAAUAAGGACAUUCUGCCAUUUGCAUCUUGAUUUCACAUUCCCCUCACUCCAUGAUUGUGUUUUGCACUGGGACCAUGGAACUUUUUCUAUUUCUUUUUUUUAUGUGUGUCUUAUUAGUUCUAGAGCUACAUUUAUAUAUUUAAAAUGGUGUUAUUUUCUUUUGCCUUGCUACUCUUUUUUAUGUCAUUUGCUGCUCCACUAUUUCCACUAUUUGUAAAAAAUGCUCACUCCUGCACUUGUGUGACAAGAUCAGAAGUGUGAAGAUUGCUAGAAUCUAAGCUGUAAAGCAAAUCAGAACUGCCGCUUGGUGAGAGAAAUAAAGGGGACCCAAUCAUGUGAAUACUUAAAAGUGCAAAACCUGCUGUCAUGUUUUUUUAUCAUUGAAGUAAAUGGGUUUCCCCCACCAAA